UUCGCUGACUCCUCCCAUCUGACCAUUGACUUUUCAACCAUUUUUAACUCUUUUGCGCGAACACCCCCUCAUUAAACUAAUAUUAACUAAAGUUCUUUCUUCCUUUCUAUUACCUCACUUCCACACACUCAUUCUCUCUUGCACCCCAAAACCUUCACCUCCUAUUCCUCUUCAUCAUCUUCAUUUUCUUCUUCUUCUUCCCUAAAUCUGUAUAAUCACUGAUCAUGGCAGGGGAGAACAGAGAGAUGUAUGAAGGUGGUGGAGGGUUUCAGUUCCAUGAUGAUCUCUCCUUGUUCUUCACCGGACAAAGGAAUGGGGGCAGUGGAUCAGGGAUGCUUGACAUGCUUAAAGAAGACCCUGCUACCAGUUUCAUGGGCUUCAAUGAGUUCUUAGUUGGCACUGGUGAUUACGGUGCAUUGCCGAGGUCUUUGGAGUUGUCGUGUUGCUCGCCGGAAAACUUCUUUGGGUUAGGUGAUGGGGGGAAGGGGAUGGGAGAGGUGGAGGUGGAGACUAAGUGUGUUGGUGGUGUGAAUUCUAAUGGUGUGAUUAGUGGCGGUGGAUUAACUCCAGUGACACCAAACUCUUCGGUAUCUUCAUCGUCUACUGAAGCAGCCGGAGAGGAGGAUUCAGUGAGAAGUAAGAAGAAUGAUCAGCAGCAGAGUGAGAAGGGGUUGGAGAUAGGUGGAGUACUUGAUGAUGGAACUGACAAGUCUAAGAAAGUGACCAAACCAAGAAGAAAGGGAGAGAAGAGACAAAGAGAACCUCGCUUUGCUUUCAUGACUAAAAGCGAGGUUGAUCAUCUGGAAGAUGGAUAUAGAUGGAGGAAAUAUGGCCAGAAAGCAGUCAAGAACAGCCCUUAUCCAAGGAGCUAUUAUCGGUGCACGACACAGAAGUGUUCGGUAAAGAAGAGGGUGGAGAGAUCAUAUCAAGACCCGACGAUCGUUAUAACAACAUAUGAAGGGCAACACACUCAUCAAAGUCCGGCAACACUACGCAGUAGCUCACAUAUUUUAUCUUCUCCGAACAUGAUCCACCCGAGCUUCGCCCAUGAGUUCAUGAUGCGUCAAAUGCACCAACCGAUGGCCUUUCAUCAUGCCAAUGUAAAUGCUGCUGCGAAUGUGAACACUACUAUGUAUCUUCAAAGCCUAACUUCUCCACUCCAACAACUGCAACAGCUCCCUGCAGACUAUGGCCUCCUUCAAGACAUCCUUCCAAACUUCAUGGAAAGCAGUCAAUUACCAUGAUCAUAUAUAUAUAUAUAUAUAUAUGUUAUUUAGGCUAACUAGUAUUUAGGCUCAACGAUCUCUACUCAUCUUGUACAUGCAUGUACUUUGAGUCCUAAUACUAUGAACUUAAAUUGGUAUUUCAGGCAUAUAUAUAUAUAUAUAUAUGCAUGGAGAGAUGAGUUGAUGACUAGCUAUAUAAAUAAAUAUU